AUUUUAAAAGUAGUGUGGGUAUUAGUGAUAAGACAUUAAUUAAAAUAGCUUCAUCAUAUCCAAAUUUAAAACAUUUUAAUUUAUGGGAUAAUCGAAUGAUAACUGAUAAAAGACUAUGUCAAAUUGCACAAUCAUGCAAUAAAUUGGAAUAUCUAAAUAUUUCUUAUUGUAAUGCGUAUUGGAUUACUGAUAGAACUUACCUUGAUUUUGCCCAUGUUAUGGCUUUUCGAAAUGAUUCCCUUAUUGUAGCUAUUAUCGAAUCUUCUCCAAAUUUAAAAUAUUUUGAUAUUUCUGGUAAUGAUAUCGGAGAUGAGGUAGUUGAAGCAGUAGCUAGUACAUGCUAUGAAUUGGAAUAUCUUGAUCUUGGAGGGUGUGGAUUCAUUACCGAACUAUCGAUAUGUAAUGUUAUUCGAUCAUGUCCCAAACUUCAGCAUUUUGAACUUGGAUUUUGUGACAUUUCCGAUAAAACUAUUAAAGAAAUAGCCUGUUCAUGUCCUAAUUUAAAAUAUCUUGAUUUGGAUGGCUGGAUCUCUAUGUGUAGUAAUAAACUUCUCAAGAAAAUCGGUGGCAUAAUUAGCAGAAAGUUAACUCCCGAAGAAAAAGAUAGUAAAUUCGUCAAAGAAGAAACCACAGCUCCACUUGGAUUGACCAUAAUCCUACCUAUAUUUAUCUCUAACAUAAAAAAUAAUGCCUGUCUUAGUAAUAAAAAAUCUAUUACGAUUCCAACUAAAGUACUCAUAGAAAAAUCUAACUCUAAAACAUCUAACUAUAUUUUACUGGGUAAUAAUUGGUUUUAUGGUAGAAAGUAUAAUAACGAUGAACUUCAAACAUACAUACCUGAAAUUGUAAUCGACACAGAGGAUGCUUUUGUAAGAACAACUCUGCAUAUUCAUGAUUUUUACAAAAUACUUCCUGGGAAAUCAAAAGAUUCAUUGUAUCGCAGAUCAAAUAUCUCUACAACUUCCGAUUCGAGUACUUCGAAUGUCGAUUCCAUAUCUAGUUCGGGAAUAGAAGUUAUAUAUAUGAAACGCCCCAUUCUAAAGCGUAAAGUAAAAG